CCACCUUUCUCUCUUUUAUAAUUUUAGACAUAUAUACUUGAGUUGGGACUAUUUAUAUAUAUAUUUAUACAGCGCUAUAAUAAUGGGCAACUGUUUGAGACAUGAGUCUGCGAUGGUAUGGGCCGGCGACGACUGGGGUUCGCUGGAGCAAAAGAGCAGCCAUAAUAACAGCAUGCACACCGAUCAUGGAAGCAUGGAGAGGUUUAAGCUUUUGGGUGAUCAAACAGAGUCAGGUUCGUCGAGUAGUAGUAGUAGUAGCAGUAGUCAUCAUGAAGUGAAGAUCAAGAUUUCGAAGAAGGAGCUGGAGCAACUGAUGGGUAGAUUGCGUGGCGCGCAGGGUUUGUCCGUCGAGCAAGUCCUCCUGUCACAGUUGAUAAACGGUGGUGAUCAGUAUGAUCAUGAUCUUCAAAGCCAGUGGGAAUGGGAUCAUCAACGGUCCUGGAAGCCCGUUCUUCAGACUAUUCCGGAGGUCAACUAGCUGUUUGUGUUUGUAAAUAUACAUGAUAUCAACUUAUCAAGUACCCUUUUCAAAUUAUUGGGUUUUAUUUUUAAAAAAAGAAAAAGAAAAACUUAUGUAUUGAUGAACAUAUUUUGUAUUUCUUGUAAUUGUAGGAUGAUAAGUGACAAGUACAUUAUAAAAUUACCUCUUUUUUUUUU